AUGAGCUCAUCGGCAGCACCAACCAAACCGCCCACGCGUGAACAACGUAAACAAUGCUGGAAAGUGCGAGACGAAUAUUUUGCCUGCUUGGACAAAUUGAAUAUCAUUGAUCCCGUGGUGGUGGAGAAAUCGCCUGAAAAGGCGCAAGCAUGUCUGGAAAAGAAGAAGAAAUACGAAGACGAUUGCAUGGCAAGCUGGGUUGAAUACUUUAACAAGCGACGAGUGCUCGACGUGCAACAGAAACGAUACCUCGAAUUUUCCCAACAACAAUCAGGAAAGAAGUAA